ACCGUGACCAUCAUGGAAUUUGUGACGGAGUUCACCUUUCCAGCCGCCACCAUGACUAUCAUUCUAUCGCUUCAUUCUCGGUGCCGUGCUCGAUGACGAUAACGGCGCCAGCCGCGACUUCCUUGCAGGGUUCAGAAGCGCACCGUAGCUGCAUCUCCACACCUCCAUCUUGUCUCUUACCCCGACCAUGUCCCACACUUUGACUCCCCGCGUUGCUAUCGUCACUGGCGCCGCCCAAGGCCUCGGGAAGGCCAUCGCUCUGCGUCUCGCCAAGGAUGGGCUCGCUAUCGGUCUCAACGACAUCCCAUCGAAGAAGGACGCGCUUGACGAGGUAGCCAAGGAGAUCGUGCAGGCCAACGGGCGCGCUGUCGUGCACGUCGGCGACAUCUCCAAGCAGGAGGUCGUGCAGGACUUGAUUGACAGUGUCGUGAGAACGCUGGGCGGACUCCAUGUGAUGGUCGCCAAUGCCGGCAUGGCUAGACCUGCACCUUUUCUCGAGGAGUCCCUCGAGACCUUCAACCAGGUCAUGUCCGUCAAUACGACGGGGCUGUUCCUCUGUUACCAGCUCGCGGGACGCAAGAUGAUCGAGUUGGGCUCGAAGGAUGGGCGAAUUAUCGGCGCUUCUUCAAUCGGUGGCAAGCAGCCCUUGCGUGGUCUGACCUCGUACACGGCAUCGAAGUUCGCCGUUCGUGGGCUUACGCAGAGCGCGGCCCUGGCCCUCGGUCCUUACGGGAUUACAGUCAACUCCUAUGCGCCAGGCCUGAUAGACACCCCUCUCGCGUUCACCCCGCACUUGGAAGACCAUACCGACCUCGCCUUCGACAAAUACAGCGCGGUGGCACCCCUUCGACGCGUCGGGCAGGCGGACGAAGUCGCUGCCCUCGUAUCCUUCCUUGCGAGCAAGGAGUCGGGAUAUAUGACUGGUCAGACGCUUUCCAUCGAUGGGGGCGCGCACAUGGACUAAGGAGACAUCUACGUCCUCCUUCAGCUUCGGCUAUCUCGACUUUUGUACGCCAUUCGAAUGACAUUCCCAUAGAUGAAAGAGAUCAAUGGUGCACUCACCGGACGACCGCGGCAUCUUCUGAUUGGGAGGCAUGCGAGAGCCUUCAGUCGAUGGUGGUGCGCGGAUAGAUUGAG